CGGGGCCCAAAAGCAUUACAAAGGAGCCAGGAUGGAUGCUGUUGCUCUUUUCUUUUAGAGCUUGCCUCUUCAGUUACUGUUGUCAUUAGAGCAUGUUUAUCAUGAGCGUUUGAGCACGGAGGCCGAUUGCAUCCCGUGGAUUGUACUGGAAGCGCCGAGGGGCCAGGGAUGGCCGUGAGCAGCCAGAGGGGACCGCGCCGCAGCCCGCGGAUGACUGGCAGGAAACGGCAUGCCUGCCCGAACACAUUAUUUCAACUUUGGCUCUCCCGGCUCUAAUCCCCUGAAUGGCAAUCACAAGCGGGUGGGAGGGAGAAACACAGGGGAACUGAAAGCAAAGACGUCUGAGAAGCUCAAUCUGCGGCGGGGGAAAGGAGUUGCUGGAGUUUAGGGGCCACAGCGAGCCGAUGAGGGCAGGGAGGCAGAGGGAGGGAAAGGCUGGGCUUCGGGGACCUGCUGCUGGGCUUUAGACAAAGGCGGUUUGAGAAGCAGAGAACGAGGCGGGACCGGUUGCUAAUAUCAGCACGGGGACCGAGCCAGCGGCUGGAGUCCCGGCACGAAACGGAACCAAUGCCCAGCGUCUCCUUCAGGCUAGGGAUUACUGGAGUAUGUACCAAACUAAGAACUCGGAGGAAAAAGUAAGUUUGGGGAAGGACUUGCAGAUUUUGCCCGUCUUUGAACUCCUGCUCCUCUGUGAGGCAUGCCUUCCAUGCGUUACCUCUUUAUAGUUUCUGUUUCUUGCGUGAUCAUUUUUAUUGUGUUCUACGUGUUCAGUUUUGGGGCAGAGCAAAGCUUCCAGCGGCUGAAUAACUCGGACACGCUGCUGCUGACUCAAGUGUGCACAUCCUUUAUCAGAGGCAAAACGCCUUUCCUGUGGAGAAACAAACUGAGGGUGCACGAGAAGGCUUCUUGCAAGGAUUACCUGACCCAAAGCCACUACAUCACGGCCCCUUUAUCUAAAGAAGAAGCUGAAUUUCCUUUGGCAUAUAUCAUGGUCAUCCAUCACAAUUUCGAUACCUUUACAAGGCUCUUUAGGGCAAUUUACAUGCCCCAGAAUGUCUACUGUGUUCACGUGGAUGAGAAGGCAACCGUUGAAUUUAAAGAUGCAGUGGAGCAAUUACUGAGCUGCUUCCCAAAUGCUUUUCUGGCUUCCAAGAUGGAACCAGUAGUCUAUGGGGGGAUCUCCAGGCUCCAGGCGGACCUGAACUGCCUCAAGGACCUGGCGGCCUCCAGGGUGCCGUGGAAGUACGCCAUCAACACGUGUGGGCAAGACUUCCCCCUGAAAACCAACAAGGAGAUAGUUCAGUAUCUGAAAGGAUUUAAAGGGAAAAACAUUACCCCGGGGGUGCUGCCCCCAGUUCACGCCAUUGGACGGACGAAAUACGUCCACCGGGAGCACCUGGGCAAAGAGCUUUCCUACGUGAUCAGAACCACAGCGCUCAAACCACCCCCUCCCCACAACCUCACCAUUUACUUUGGCUCUGCCUAUGUUGCUCUAUCAAGAGAGUUCACCGACUUUGUCCUCCAUGAUCCACGGGCUGUUGACUUGCUCCAGUGGUCCAAGGACACUUUCAGCCCCGAUGAACAUUUCUGGGUGACGCUCAAUAGGAUCCCAGCUGGACAAGUAACUUCCCCCCAGAAGUGUCCUUACCACCCUCAAAAGUCUACAGUGCACUCCGCAUUUGCUGAGCGCUCCAAGCACCGGCACAGGUGAGCUAUGACAGCUCCU